AUGGCUAGGACGGAAACAAGAACGAGAUACCUGGAGCCUUGGAUGAUUGCGCUGAUUGUCCUAGCAGCGUUUGCAAUCGUAGCCCUUGUUGUUGGCCUGCUUGUUUAUUUUUUGGUAUACGAUCAGAAGUUGUUCUUUUACAAUGCUUCCUUUAGAAUCAGUAAUGUGCCGUACCAACCGAGUUUGCAAAAACAGACCUCAACAGAAUUUAGAGACCUGAGCUCCACCAUUGAGACUAUGAUUAAUCAGGCAUUUGAAGGUACUCCGUUGAAAAAAAGGAAGAUCAAAUCGCAAGUCGUAAAUCUACGUGAAGACAACAAUGCAGUGUUUGCAGACGUGGUGCUGGUGUUUAGGUUCAUCGCCUCCGAUAGGAAAGUGGCCCUCUGGAUGAGUGUGAACGAUCUUUUGCUGAAGAGGCUGAGGUUGCCAACAUGGCCUUUGAGAAUUGACCUUUCAUCUUACAAGCUCACGGAGAUUAACAAAGCCAAUGGUGAACAUCUUAUCAGCAAUUUGGGUUGUGGGACACGAACGGACAGAUCUGUGGAGAGAAUCUAUGGAGGAAACAUUGCGGUGGAAGGGGAGUGGCCGUGGCAAGCCAGUCUGCAGCUGAACGGCAUCCAUCGCUGUGGCGCAACACUGAUCGGUGAUAUAUGGCUUUUAACUGCAGCUCACUGCUUUAGAGGAGUGAGGGAUCUCCGUAGUUGGACAGCUAGUUUUGGGGCCCGCUUAAACCCUCCACUAAUGAGAAGGAACCUUCGCCAGAUCAUCAUCCAUGAGCAAUACGCCGAGAGCGUCAUGAGACAUGAGUUUGACAUUGCUGUUGUGGAGCUUGCGUACCCAGUGCAGUUUACGGCAGCCGUGCACCGCAUCUGUCUCCCGGAGUCCAGGGAUAUCUUUCCGGAAAACACCACCUGCUUCGUCACGGGAUAUGGCGCUCUGAGAGAUGAAGGUCCCAGCGUCGGUGAACUCCGCCAAACAGAAGUGAAAAUUAUAGGCAAUGAGAUUUGCAACAGAAGAAACGUGUACAAUGGCGCCAUUUCGGCAGGGAUGCUUUGUGCUGGGUACCUGGAAGGAGGGAGCGAUGCUUGCCAAGGCGACUCUGGUGGUCCUCUGGUUACUUCUGAUUCUAGAGGAAUAUGGUACCUGGUUGGCAUAGUGAGCUGGGGUGAAGAAUGUGCGAAGCCAAACAAGCCUGGAGUCUACACACGAGUAACUUACUAUCGGGAAUGGAUUGCUGGUCGCACUGGGAUAUGA